AUGUCUCAACUCAAUAAGAAGAGAAAACAAGAAGAUUUAUCAUCCACUGAUGGAAAUGAUGAAAAUAUUCAAGAAAUUUUAUUUAAUGAAAUGACAUCUGUCACUGAUCAAUUAAUUUCUCUUUGUAAAAAAGUGAAAUUGGCUGAUCAUCGCUGUUUUUUCAAUAAUGGUGUAAUGGUUAAUGAAUUUUUUGGAAAAGUUUAUUCAUUGCUUGAGGAGAUGAAUAUUCAUAGAAGAAAGGUUUCUUCAGAUCAAUUCAAUUCGGAUACUUUAUUUCACAUUUACCAAUUCUUAGAUUUUACAGAUCUAUUGCAAAACUGUCAACCUGUUUCAAAACUGUGGAAAGAAUCAUUAAAUAGAGUCAAAUUUCAUGUUAGUUUGGGUUCAACAAAUAGAAAUGGAAAAUUCAAUAAUGAAAAUCUCAUCCACUUACUAAAUGGACCAUUUAUCCAAAAUGUUACUUCAUUAAGAUUGGGUAAAGCUCAACUUGAUGCUUUUAAAACUCUUUCAACUUGUAAGAAUUUGGAUAAUUUGAUCAAAUUGGAUUUGAGAUUUAAUAACAUGGCAAGUCAACGUGUGACAUAUUUAACGAAAUGCUCAAUGAAGAAUUUGACAGAAUUGAGCUUGCAUGAUGUGCAAAAUUUUACAGAAAAUGAAGCAAAAGAGUUGUUCAAUAGUACCUUCAUGUCUAAUGUUAAAAAAUUCAACAUUGUUCAAGAAAGUUAUUCAGAUGAAUUGUUUGAAGCCAUGUCAAAUUCAAAGCAUUUUAGUCAACUCACUCAUUUAGAAUUGCGGCAAAUAGCUCAAGGUACUAAAUCUGAACUGAAACUAUUGUUGAAAGAUAUGAGUAAUUUGGAAUAUUUGGGACUUAGAAAUCAUAGAUUGACCAAUUUUUCAAAUUUAUUCACUAGUGGGAAUUUAUAUAAUAUUACACAUCUGGAUCUCAGCUAUUGCAGAAUGUUGAAUAGUGAAUUUGCGAAUUUGAUUGUUUCUCCAAAAUUACCAAAGCUCAUUAAGCUAAAAGCUCAGGACUUUAAUUGGGGAAAUUUGGAGUUUUUUGACAAGAAGAAUGAAAACUCCCAAGUUGCUCAUUGUCCUCCAAAUUCACAGAGUUCCCUCACUGACUUGGAUUUUCAAUCUUGUUUUAUUACACCAUUUCCAACACUCACCCAUCAUUGUCCAAAUUUAAACAGACUUUCACUGCGUAAUUCAAGAAAAUGCCCAAAUAAGGAGCUAUUAAGGAGUUCUUAUAUUACAUUUUUGAGUGCUCCUUCCUUGUGUAAUUUGGAAUUUUUGGAUAUUUCUGGAUUGGAAUGUUUGGAAUCUUUGUUUGAAAUUAUUUUCACAUUACCAUUCUAUCCGAAUUUGAGGGAAUUGAAAUGCUCACCUAGUAGAGAAGGUGGAGAAACAUUGCAAGCUAAUCUCAUUUCAAAUUGCAGUCACCUGAAGAAUUUGAGGAUAUUGGAUGCUUAUGGAGUUUUUGCAUCAAACGAAUGUCUGAAAUCUUUGCAAACUAAUCCAACUUUUUCCAAUUUGAGUAUUGUUGUUUUACAUGGAAAUUUAGACCUAUUACGUUAUUGGGAAAAUAACAAAUAUGCUGAAGAGUUAGAGGAGGAUUGA